GCGAUUGACUAAUGAAAGUUUUAAAUAUAUGUAAUCAGACAAGGCUCUCUUCCUUUCAAACACGUCUAUACCUCUCUCGCCCACAGCGAAAAGAAAAAAAGGAAACUCUCCAAUUUCGAUCCUUCAUUCUCUUGCAAGCAGCUCGCCAUGUCGGUAAGAACUGUCAAAGUCAGUAAUGUUUCUUUAGGAGCAACUGAGCGAGACCUAAGGGAGUUCUUUUCUUUUUCUGGUGAUAUUGAAUAUGUUGAAGUGCGGAGAGAUGAUGAAAAAUCUCAAAUUGCAUAUGUUACAUACAAAGAUUCACAGGGUGCAGAAACAGCUGUUCUUCUUUCGGGAGCAACAAUAGUAGAUCUGUCUGUCAGCAUCACUCUGGAUCCAGAUUAUCAGCUACCACCUGCAGUAACUCAAAAUAAAACUCCUGGUGGUGCUGAAUCAGCCCUCCGGAAGGCAGAGGACGUAGUUACAAGUAUGCUUGCUAAGGGCUUUAUCUUAGGCAAAGAUGCAGUGAACAAAGCAAAGACUUUCGAUGAUAAGCACCAGUUGACUUCAACAGCGUCAGCUAAAGUUGUUUCUCUUGACAAAAAAAUAGGGCUUACCGAUAAGAUCAGUGCUGGCACAACAAUUGUGAGCGACAAAGUCCGGGAAGUGGAUCAGAAAUUCCAGGUUUCAGAGAAAACCAAAACAGCAUUCGCCGCUGCUGAGCAAAAAGUCAGUAGUGCAGGAGUUGCUAUUAUGAAGAACAGGUAUGUUUUUACUGGGGCUUCUUGGGUGACUGGUGCUUUCAACAAGGUUGCAAAGGCAGCUGGAGAAGUUGGGCAGAAGGCAAAAGAAAAAGUAGGUAUGGCUGAAGAUGAGCAAAAGAGAAAAAUGGUGGAUGAUUUUGCCCAGGUUCACCUAUCCGAGUCACCAAAAGCAUCUUCUGAAGGUGAGCACCUUCCUUUCAAGCCUGCACCUGUUCAAGGUUUGAUCCUUUGAUUUACUGUAAAUUUGUUUUGGGUUCAACUCUUGUACUUGAUAUCUCUUUGUUUACUAGCUGGAGUUCCUCCAACACAGAAAGGUGGUGAAUGCAGGACAGUUUACCAAUUAUUUUGAUAUGAUUGCAUGUAAUCUCUUCUCUCUCUCUCUCUCUCUUUUUCUUUUUUCUUUUUGGGGUCAAUAUAUCUGGGCAUUCAUGUUGGUUA